UAUUUAUUGGAAUAUGUAUUGGAAUAACAUUACGCCAAGGAUAUAACACGGCUUUUAAAUAUAUCCAGAGUUCAAAGUCAAUCCAUGUUCAGGAGAUAUCUUUGCAAGAAGCUGUACCAGAUCUUCAGUUAUCCUUGUGCCUAAGAUUUGAUGUUGAGGAAUAUCUUGCUACCACCACAGGAAUUAACUAUAUUUUAAAUUUCUUUAUACUAAAAGAGUAUCCUGAAUAGAACCUUGAAGUGUGGGCUAUGAUCACAGAAGACAAUCUUCUUAUUCAAUUUUUUAAUUCAAGACAGUGAACUAUUAAAGAAAUAUCGAAAAGUACAAACGCUCAUCAAUUUGUUUGCAAACAUUUAGUACAACCUGAAUUAGAAAUCUUCAACUGUCAAAAAAAACAAAAUAUCAUUCCAUUUAAUAGUUAGUAAAUACCUGUAAAACCAUAAUCGAUGGUAUUAAAUUUCCAUACCUUUAAGUUUUUACAAAAUUUUCAGAUUAGGCUUGGAUUUCUGGGCCUUUCAAACACUUGUUAUUUUUUUUAGACUGACUAUUUUUAAAUUUUUGCCUCUUAUGUUUGAUUCUUAUUUGUUCCAAAAACAUUGUCUACAUAUUUUCUUUAGUAUACAUAAGCUUUCAUCUUUUGUGUGCAUCCCUAUAACUCUAAAAAUUGAGAGUUUUUACUAAAAUGUUGUGUAGAAUAGGCUAAGAGUUUAGUAAAGGUAAAUCAGUAAAUUGUUUUUAUUGAUGAAACGAAAUGUAAAAUUAUGAAAAUUUGAAUAUUUUUGACUUUUACUUAAAAUGAAUUGUAACGAGAUAAAAAAGAUUUUAUGAAAUGAUGCAUCCUUAGUGUUUGAUUACCCUAAUUCAAUGUGUUUUUUCAAGAUGCUCUGUUAAUCUAAAAAUUACUUAUGUAUAAUUAUGUAUAAUGCUAACAUUUUUAUUUUUCAAGAUAACCAUUCAAACUGCUCAGAAGUACAAGAGAGCAAAUCUUGUGAAUUGGAUGAGGAUUCAAAAUCAGCAUUGCUAGAACAGUUUCUAGCACAAUCAGGAAGUAUAUUUAGGAUCUCUGAUCUUAUUUCACGAUUUGAGGCAGUUUUCACAAACAGUUCUGAUUGGAUAUCACAGCUUCAGAAUACAUCUCUAGACCUUUCAUUUAGGCUAAAAAUGUAUCCAUAUGUUGACAACUAUACAUUGCUUUGUCACACAUGGAAUCAAGAUUUAUCACAGUUUUCAAGACUGAGAAUAAAUCCUACCAAGAGUAUUGAUGAUGUUUACUUGUAUGUUCACAAGAAAGGACAGUUCCUUACUGAUUUGAGAAAUGGACUGUUAACCCUCACAUCAAUUGACCACAUAGUAGAUACUGAGAUAAGCAUUAAAGUCAAAAAACAAUUCUCAACACCAAUCACUCAAUGUAUGGAUGAACUUUACAGUUUUGACAAAUGUGUUGAAAACUCUUUAACUGUAAACAUGCAGAAAAAAUGCAAACCUCUCUUGUGGUAUCAACCUCAUCAAUUGUGUAAUUCUUCAAGAAAAACAAGAGAAGCAUUGAAACUGUUUCAAGCUAGUGCAGAUAACUGUCUACAACACUGCACCCAGGUUAAAGUGGACAUCAGGCUAAACCCUGUCAACUGGCUUCAUGUCCUUAUCAUACCAAAGCAUACAGAAAUGACAUAUACUCCAGGAUAUGUUAUCAAUAUUCCUUUAACUAUAGUUUUCUAUGAAAUGCAAGAAAGUUACACCUUAGUUUCCUUCAUUGCUGAAUUUGGAGGCUGGGUUGGACUUAUACUUGGAAUCUCACUUCUUGGAAGUGUUGAAUUUUUAUCAAGCAAACUAUUUAAGGGAGAUCAUAAAUCAUGCUUGAUAAGAUUUAUUGCAAUCCUGAAAUUAGCAUGUAUCGUAGGAGUCUUAUUUGUCCUUUUUAAAAGUGGUCAGAAGUACAUCAAUAAAGAUACAUCCACGGAUAUCAACCUUAAGACUGAUCUCCCUAAAAUCAGUGUUUCAAUGUGUUUUGUUGAAAAUUUGUAUUCUGAAGAUAUCCUCAACUCAACCUACUCCUACAUUGGUAAUUUGUCAGGGUUUUGGAGCAAUCUAACUAAGAUUAGUGAUAGCAUUGAACAGAUUAAUAUAACAUAUGAGAAUGGAAAACUUGCAACUGCUUAUGAUUCAAAAUCAAACCAAAGUUCUGAAAUUAUGAUAUAUUCCAUCAAUACACCACAGUUUGAAACCUUUGUUGAGACUUGUCAUACACUGGAUCUGAAACCCUGGAACAAUAUUAAGUUUGUUGACGUCAUAGCAAAGAAAGAACUGAGGGUGUUUGUUCAUCUAACCGGUCAACUUCUUAGACCAGGAAGACAGGGUUUCAGUUUCAUUAAUACGGAUACUGUUGACUUGUACAGGGAAAUUAGGGAAAACUUUGGAUCAGUGUUUACUCCAUGGUAUCUUUGUCAACUGGAGGUGUUAACAGAACAGCUUAUAUUUGAUGAUGGAUACAAUGACCAUAACACCUAUGAUGACUGUAUCUUGAAGGAAGUAGCAAAGAAGUAUCCAGAUUCAUACAUAAUGGAUAUUUCAAAACUAGCAGAAAGCAAGUUUCACCAAAAUGGCAUGAACUUUUCAGUUUAUAGCAAAUUGUCGGCUCAGUUUAAAUAUGAAAUUCAACAUAGUGUUUGCAAUGUUCCAAACUUAAAGCUGGAGCCUAAUUACAUUCUUAAGGACCAGGGGCGGAUCCAGCUUUAUAAAAAGGGGGGUCAAAGUCUGAAUAAUAUAGGGUGA